UAUCUUAGCAUAAAAAUAAAAACAAUCAGCUACCGGUGCUAUCACACGUGUAAUCACGUUUCUUCCAAUUAAAACGUUUGAUUAGUUUUUUCGUGUCUAUUUUGUUGAUUUAAAAAGUGCUUCUCAAAGAAUGAAGAAACUUAUUUCAAAGAAACGGAAAGCCUCGUUGCCCGUGAACACAGAAGGAACGGAUAACGAUUCGAUGAUUGAAAAUGAAUCCAACGAUAGUCUAGAAGAGAAUGGAAGGUUUUCACAGGAGGCACCGGGUAGUGAUAGCGGCCAUGAGAGCAUGGGCGGACGCUUUGUAAAAGCCCCGCUUCGUAAAAAUGGGUCAGAAAAGUCAAAAAAGCAUAAACUAUCAGACCCGGAAGAAAGACAACUCAAGAAUAAAGCAUUAAAAGAACUGUACAAACCUCCGACAGUUGAGGAGAUCAAUCGACUGAAGGAGACCAACAAUUUUUACCAUUCGAAUCUGUUUCGUUUGCAAGUUGAGGAAAUUUUACUCGAAGUGAAAGUUAAAACAAAGGUUCUCAACUUUGUGCAAAGUUGGCUGAACGAUUUUCGGAAGUUCCUACGUACCCUGAAAGACGCAGAAAACGAAAGAGGUUUGCUAGACGUCACUUACGAAGCAGUUGCCUUUCCCCUACCGUUUCCGAGCAACUCCGCAAAUGUGCUCAGUAAGGAAACCUUCAAAUUCGUACAGCAAAGAAUUGUUCAUCAAAUUGGUUCAACCCAAAUGGAAACAUGCUGUGGAAAGCCGCUGACCGUUGAUUUACUGCUUGAAAUUCCGGAUAAGUGUUUUCGAAACGAAGAUUACCUGAACAUGCGCUACCAUUACAAAAGGGCUCACUUUCUUUGCCAUUUGGCAGACGGAUUAACCAAGCAAUCUAAAUAUCCGCUGGUUGCGAAAGUGAAUUUUGUGUCGUUGAAAGGUGACGUGCUUAAACCGGUACUGGAAGUGACUCCCGCUGAUGAAAAGUUUGCCAAACGGGUGCGUUUCAUCAUCCAUGCUGCUACUGUUGCGAAAUUUUCUCCUAAACGAUUCCUGCCGGAGAAAAAUAAUGUUCGGCCUGCUAUGAUCGGUGAGGAAACCCAGCUGGACUCCGCUCUCUGUCCAACGCCGCACUAUAACUCCUCCAUUUUGUAUGACCUGUGCCUUUUGAAGAAUCAGGAAUUUCUCGAAAGCGUACUACAAUCGGAUCAUGUUCGUCAAGCGAUCAUUCUGCUGAAGAUAUGGCUUCACCAGCGACAGUUCGACGAGGGUUUCUAUGGUUUCGACGGAGCCAUUGCGACUUUCUUCGUCGUUCAUUUGAUGCAAGCUCGCAAAAUAUUCAAAACGAUGAGCAGUUACCAAAUAAUUCGAUUGUUUUGGAAUCAAUUGGCCAACAGUCAUUGGGACACUGCUGGAAUCUUUUUGGAAGCGAAUGGAACCACCGACUUGACGAUGUAUCACAAGUUCUACGAAGUGGUAUUCGUAGAUAGCUCGGGAAUAUUGAACAUCUGUGCAAAUAUGUCCGCAGAUUUGUACCGGCGAGUGAAGGAAGAAGCGGCGGUUGCCAUUCAACUUUUGGAUAAUACCAAAAUAAACAGCUUUAUCCCGUUGUUUCUUAACAAGUAUCCCGUUUACACUCAAUACGAUCAUAUUCUCAACAUUGAAAAGCCAGAUUUAAUUCGAUCUGUGGUAGACACAUUCGGAUCCGAUAGCGACAAGCUGAACUACUUUAACAAUCCGUAUGCACACUUUAGGAUGAUGGUUGUCCAAUUGCUUCGAAGAGGUCUUGGACAACGAGUCAAAUUCUUGGUGCCCAUACAGGUACGGGCUACGAACGAGCUGAACCUAACGAUUGGGUUUCUUUUGAAUGCACAGGAAGCAUUUUCGGUUGUUGAUAAAGGGCCGGAAGCGAUUGAGAAAGCAGCCUCGGAUGAUUAUCGAAAUUUUUGGCGUGGAAAAUCUGAACUUCGUCGGUUCAAAGAUGGAUCCAUCACGGAAUCAUGCAUCUGGGGAGCGAGCACAGAUUCUAUUGGACAGAAGCGUCUAAUCUGUCGCAAGAUUGCACUGUAUCUUCUAAAUGCCCACUAUGACAUUACUGAAUCGAAGUUAAAUUAUUUAACUCAUCAGUUCGAAGUUUCGGUUAAACCGGACGACAGCGACCAGCAUGAAACCGUCGAGGAACGCUCGUUGGCUUGCAUUCGGACGUUCGACAACUUAAGUCGCAUCAUGAAAACGUUGGAUGAUCUUCCGCUGACUAUCAACGCUUUGAUAGGAACCGAUCCGGUGUUUCGUUAUGCGGAACCUGAUCCACCGAGAGCGACAGCCAAAUGUUUGCUCGUUGACGGCCAACUGGUGUUUCUAGCUUCACAUGUGGUUAACGCUACGAUACAGCUGGAGGCAAGCGGCAAAUGGCCAGAACAGCUCGAAGCUAUUCGAAGGCUGAAAGCUGCUUUCUAUUUGAAAUUUGCGGAGUCUAUUCGGGUGUAUGCCGGUACCUCAGCUGAACUGGUUCCUCAAGCGUACUCUGAUUAUUUGGAUGUAAUGUAUGAAAAAUAUCUUUUCCGUUUCCGCAUUAUUCAUCAACGGGAAAUCACCCUUCUGCGGGAGUACCUGUCGGAUAAUCGAAUAACGAAACUGUAUCACGACACAGAUCAAAGCAUACAACUUGAAAUGCAGGCAACGAUCCUACCGAAGCUAACCAGCAUUCUGCACGGUUUGCAUCAGCAGCACUUCUCGUUUGGAUCCGUUGCUGCCAUGGCCAAACGGUGGCUCUAUGCUCAGCUGAUCGAUCCGUUCCUGUGGCCCGAUGAAUGUACCGAACUACUCGUGGCUUCGAUGUAUACGAAGCAAAGUCCGACACUGCAACCGCAGGCGGGUUUCAUGCGAUUUUUGGAAUACCUGGCCAAUACCGACUGGAGCAAGGAGUUAGUCGUACUGAAUUUCAAUGAGGAAAUUCCGGAGGAAAAAGUUGAGGAACUGGAAAAACAGUUUGUCGACUGUAGGAGCAGUUUUCCGCCGUUGGCCAUUGUGACAUCGUGUGAUGCGGACAGGUUUGGUUUGUUCAGUAGAAGAGCACCCAGCCAGGAGGUGCUCAACAGAGUUGUAUUGCUGGCAAAGCAUGCAGUUUCGUUGAUUGAGCAUAACCUCAGCGUCGUUCGAAACCGAGUGCAUGUAUUUUACAAACCAUCCUUCGAUGGAUACGAUUUGAUCAUUCAUUUGGAUGCUAGCAUUGUCCCGGCCAUAGGUAUAACAAAUAUAGACAAUUUUUCGCACGGCAAGAAAGAAUAUCUGGUGGUGGAAGAACCCAAGGAUCCGGCUGCUGGCUUCAAUCCAGUGCAAUUCUACUUGACCGAGCUGCGGGAGGCAUAUCGAAAGUAUGCGGUUUUCUUUUACGACCAUUGUGGAGGAGAUCGGAUCGCAGUUCUGUGGAGACCAGACGCACUGGAAGAGAAACCGUUCACGACUACGAACGUGAACGGACGUUAUUUUACCGAGGAAAAAUCCCUAAAGUUGAACACGGAAGCACUUAUACGGGACUUCGAAAUUCUUGGUAGGGGAUUGAUACGCAGCAUAGAACGCAAGUAGUCUUCUAAUAAAAAAAUAAAAACAAUAUAAAUUCCCCUUCAA